AUGAAUAUUCGUAGUAUAAACUGUAACUUCGAUGAACUAGUCCUAAUGCUAAGUAGUAUGGACGAUAGUUUUGAUAUUCUAAUAUUAACUGAAACAUGGUUAUUAGUCGAUUUUAAUUUUGUUCUAAAUGGUUAUUAUAACAUUAAUUCGCUUGGCCAUACAAAUAAAAGCGAUGGUGUAACUAUUUUUAUAAAAAAUAAUUUUUACUUAAAGAGCAUCACCCAUGGUUUUAUUACUGAAUGUAAUUCUAUUGAAUUAGUAUUUGAUCAUAAUGGGAAAACUUUGUCGAUAAUAGGAAUUUAUAGGUCGCCAAAUAGUAAUAAAGAUAAUUUUGUUAUCAUACUAAAUGAUUACCUUCAACGACUAAACGAUUCUAAUGUUUAUUACAUUAUAGUGGGUGAUAUAAAUAUAAAUAUUAUCGACCCUGAUAUUUCUUUCGAUUAUCUUAAUACUAUGGCAUCACAUAAUUUUAUUUCUUGUAUUAAUGAGUGCACUCGUAUUACUAAUCAUUCCAGUUCUUGUUUAGAUCAUAUUUUUACCAAAAACAUUAAUAGUGAUAAUAUUCAAGCAUUUAUACUAAAAUGUAAAAUCACUGAUCAUUUUGGUACAAUAGUUCUCAUUGAAAACUCUGUUAAUAAUAUCAAAGACUGUCAUACUUCACAAAAUAAAACAAGAACUAAAAUCAAUAUAAAACUUCUUAAUUCAUUAAUAAGUUUACAAAAUUGGAAUGAUAUUAUUGACAGAAAUAAUAUCGAUAAAUCUUUUCAACAUUUCUUAAAUAAAAUUGAAGAAAUGAUUAAUAUGUCUUCUUUUAAUCACGUAUCUAAGAUGUCUAAUAAAUAUAAAAGAAUUAAAGAUUGGAUUACUAAGGGACUAAUUAUUUCCACAAAUCAUAAGCAUAAAUUAUCCAAAAAAUUAUUUAAACGCCCAUUUGAUUCUAAUUUAAAACAAAAAUAUAAUAAUUAUAUUAAUAUUCUAAAUACUUUAAUUAGAAAUAGGAAAAAAAUAUAUUAUCAAGAUCUUUUAUCUAAACUCCAAAAUAAUCCUAAAAAAAUGUGGGAAACGAUAAAUAAUAUAGCAGGUAGAACAAAAACAUAUAAUGUUGAAAUAAAUAGUAUUAGGCUUAGUAACAAUUCGAUCGCUAAUGGAAAUAUCAAUAUUGCAAAUGAAUUUAAUACGUUUUUUGCCAACGUGGGAAAAAACAUCGAAUAUAAUAUAAAAAAAACGGCUAUGAUUAUGAGGACUGGACAGAUUUAA